CUUUUGCAAAGGAAGCUUUCACUCAGGUUGGUUUGGAGUGGUCUAGUUGUAGUAUAGCAUCAGUGUGGGGUUUUUUUGCUUUUCCAUCCUCUGUGCUGUUGUCAGAAAGUAACCAUGAAAGAAGAAAUUGCCGCCACUGUUGUGUUCCUGACAAUGCUGGUGAAAAAGCACAAGCAGCUGAGCAAGCAGAAAAUUGAAAAAUUUGCAGCUAAAUUAACAACUAUAUUAUUUGCAAAAUAUAAGAAUCAUUGGUAUGCUGAAAACCCAAUGAAAGGACAAGCCUUCCGCUGUAUAAGGAUUAACACGUACCAAGCUAUAGACGCAGUCUUUGAGAAAGCAUGUGCUGAAAGUAACGUGGACUUCAAUGACCUUGGCCUGCCAAAGGAGAUGACUAUAUGGGUUGAUCCAUUUGAAGUGUGCUGCAGGUAUGGGGAAAAAAAUGAUCCCUUUACAAUUGCAAGCUUCAAAGGGAAAGAUGGCUAUAAUGCACCUAAAAGAAUUAGCCAUGCUGUUGAGAAGGCAACAUCUGAUUAUUAUUCAGGCACCUCUUCUGAUGAAGAACUGACCAACAAAGAGCCAAAGACUAUUCCUAAAGUUAGCAAUCCCAACAGUAUUUACCAGUGUGCAGACUACUCUCAAGCCAUUCCAUCUUGGUCCCAGUAUCCUCGCAGAAAGAACUAUCAGAAUAAUGGGUAUCCUCAGAAUCCACCUAUGCCCUAUUAUCCACAACAAAAAGCUUACAAAGCCUUCAGACAGUCUUCUGCCUUUUCAGGCCCUCGUGUUGAUAGAUACCAUUGGGUGAACAUGAAACGCUCAGCCAUAUCAUAGCACUUACUGUAUUUGUUUUUAACGCAUGAAAUGUUUUUAUGAAGAACUUUUAAAUUAUUUUAUAUGUAUGUUUGUCAUGCUCCAAACUAGCCAAUGGCUAUUUAAAAAAAAAAUAAAAAAAAAUUAAGUAGCUUGUUUUAUUAA